AUGUCGUCUAACGUUGUAGUUUCUUCCACUGGUGUUCCUAUACCUAAUCUUCCGACAGUCGAGGAAGUAGAAGGAUGGAGUGCCAAAAAACUUAAUGGAUUUUUGAAAAGUAGACUAAACAUUGAUAAUCACAUAGAUACUAUCACCGUGAGUCAAGAAGUCGAUGGCUCAACCUUCCUUGAUUUUACUACGACAGACUUUGAAAGAUGGGGAAUACCAGGUGGACCAUCAAAACGUAUUGAAAAGCUAAUUAGUCAAAUUAAAGGAGAACAAACCGCUGCUGGUAAAAAGCGCAAGUUAGAACUGAGUCAGAUAUUACAAGAUUUCAUUCCAGACGAAGUUAACUUAGUCAAAAAAAAAAGUACAAUAACAGAGUUUGUGGAUCGUGAUGAUGGAUUGAAUGCUGCGUUUGAAGUUUUCAUUAAAAACCAUGAAGGACGAAUGUCGAAUCAAUCUCAGGAUACUUACUUUGGUUUAUGUUUUGGUGG